AUGCGCUACAACGAGAAGGAAUUGCAGGCGCUGUCCCGGCAGCCGGCUGAGCUGGCAGCCGAACUCGGCAUGCGAGGCCCCAAGAAGGGCAGCGUGGUGAAACGGCGGCUGGUGAAGCUGGUAGUCAAUUUCCUCUUCUACUUCCGGACCGACGAGGCCGAGCCCGUCGGAGCUCUCCUGCUGGAGCACUGCAGAGUCACCCAGGAAGAGCCCAGCGGCUUCUCCAUCAGUUUCAUCGAGGACCCGGAGAGGAAGUAUUACUUUGAGUGCUACAGCGAGGAGCAGUGUCAGGAGUGGAUGGGAGCUCUUCGUCGAGCCAGCUACGAAUUCAUGCGCAGGAGCCUCAUCUUCUACAGGAACGAGAUCCAGAAGAUGACUGGCAAGGACCCCCUGGAACAGUUCGGCAUAUCGGAGGAGGCCCGGUUCCAGCUGAGUGGCUUGAAGGCAUGA